AAAGAGAAUAAAUCUUAGUUCUAACAAAAAAUGAUUCUUCUCAUCUCUGAAGCCCAUAAGAAACCAUUUUUCAGUGAGACUAUAAGGAUGCCAAAGUUCAAAUACUUAUUAGAUUAGAUUCAAAGAUGAUUUAGAUCAAAAAAUUACAAAAUAUAAGAAUUAAUGUAAGAGUUUUGUUGUCAGAUGGAAAUUACAGCAUUUUAUAAGUAUAUUGAGAGUUUUUCAAAGGGAAAUAAUAGGGAGAUAUAAAAGUAACGAUCAAUUUUUAAUUUGGUGUAAAAUAGGCUUUUGUGGUAUAUUAUAAGGAAUUAAGGGUGAACUCAUAGAAAUCAAAGGGUUUGGAGGAGAGAAAUAGAGAGUUUUUGGC